GACCUGACUUCUAUCCACAGCUCUUAUCUUUUAACAAGCUAAUGGCAAAUCCUCAACCUCUUCUUUGUGAAAAAGCUCCCCUUAGAAUCAAUGGACUGCAGAAAACCCUAGAAAUUGCAAUUCUGUUCUUCUUCGUCUGUGUCCUUGUUUAUCGUCUCCUAUCUCUCAGAGACCAUGGUUUUGUCUGGCUUCUUGCCUUCACGUGUGAGUCUUGGUUUGCUUUCAAUUGGGUUCUUACUCUCAUCACCCAAUGGACUCCGGUUGAAUACAAAACAUACCCUCACAACCUCUUGCAAGAGGUUUCGGAGCUUCCUACGGUGGACAUGUUUGUGACAACAGCAGAUGCAAAGCUAGAGCCACCUAUCAUUACUGUGAACACAGUGCUCUCUCUUCUAGCCGUUGAUUAUCCAACUCACAAGCUAGCUUGCUAUGUAUCAGAUGACGGGUGUUCACCUCUCACUCUCUACUCUCUCAUUGAAGCCUCAAAAUUUGCUAAGCUUUGGGUACCCUUUUGCAAAAAGUACCAUGUUCAAGUUAGAGCACCAUUCAGAUACUUCUCUGACAAUCCCAUUUUGUCAAGUUAUAGUCCAUCAGAAUUCCUUCAAGAAUGGACAAAAAUGAAGGAUGAGUAUGAAAAGCUCUGCCAAAAAAUUGAAGAUGCUGUCCAAAAUUUGGCACCUCUUGAUUUUUCUAGGGACAGUGUGGAUUUUGCUCACAUAGACAGCAGGAACCAUCCCACUAUAAUCAAGGUGAUAUGGGAGACUAAGGAGAGAAUUUCUAAUGGUCUGCCACAUUUGGUUUAUGUAGCCAGGGAGAAGCAUCCUAAUCACUCACAUCAUUACAAAGCGGGCGCUAUGAACGCUUUGACGAGGGUCUCUGGUGUUAUGACAAAUGCUCCAUUUAUGUUGAAUGUGGACUGCGACAUGUAUACCAACAAUCCAAAGAUCGUUCUUCAUGCGAUGUGCCUACUGCUUGGUUUCAAGCAUGAAAAAGGUGCAUUUGUUCAGUUUCCCCAAAUGUUCUACAACAUUUUGAAAGAUGAUCCAUGUGGAAGCAAAGUGGAUGAGGCUGUAAAAAAAAUUUGGCCAGGGUUAGCUGGGAUUCAAGGACCUUUCUAUGCAGGGACAGGAUGUUUUCACAGACGUAAAGUUAUCUACGGUUCAUCUCUAACAGAUAAUGAAGGGAACUUGACGAGUGAGAGACUAAACAAAGAAUGCCUUGGAAAUUCUCCAGAGCUCAUCCGAUCAGCCACUCAAAUUUUAUUAGAGGAAAAUAUUGAUCAACGGGACGACCUUUCCUGUGCGGUCGAUGCAGCAUACCAAGUUGCUCAUUCCGAGUUCGAGCAUGACACAUUAUGGGGCAAAAAGGUGGGUUGGGUUUAUGGGUCGGUAACAGAAGAUAUCCUAACUGGGAUGAAGAUCCAUGCAAGAGGGUGGAAGUCUAUCAUAUGCAUGCCAGAACCACCAGGUUUUCUGGGCACUGCACCCUCAACUACUCAUGUUAUGUUGAUCCAGAGGAAGAGAGGCGUCACAGGGCUGCUAGAAAUUUUGUUCAGCAAAAAUUGUCCCAUUUUUGCCACCCUUUAUGCCAAGCUUGAGUUUAGGCAAUGCUUGGCCUACCUGUGGAUUCUAAUUUGGGGACUGCACUCUAUUCCUGAUCUAUGCUAUGCUCUUCUGCCAGCUUAUUGCCUCAUUACCAACUCACACUUCUUGCCAAAGGUCCAGGAACCGGCUCUAAUAAUAUUUGCUGCUGUGUUUCUCAUUAAACACUUAAACACACUACACUCCAACCUUGAUUCUGGUCGAUCAAUUAGGGCUUGGUGGAACCAAUUGACAGUGGGACCAUGGAGCAAAAUACUCAGUUUAACUGCAUCAUUAUUUGGAGUUAUAACUGUGGUAUUUAAGCUUUUGGGUAUAUCUGAGGUGACAUUUGAAGUCACACAAAAGGAGCAAAAUUCCUCUUCUAGUGACCAAGAAGCUACUUAUGAUGCUAGGUUUACUUUUGAUGAGUCUCCAAUAUUUGUACCAGCCACAGCCCUAUUGUUUCUGCACUUCACAGCUCUGGUCACGGCCGCGUUGGGAUUGCAACCACCCGCUCAUGGGGUGAAUGGGGCGGGCCUAGGGGAGUUGAUGUGUAGUGUGUGGGUGGUGCUAUGUUUUUGGCCAUUUGUUAGAGGUUUGUUUGGGGAGGGUAAAUAUGGGAUUCCCAUGGCCACUAUAGUCAAGUCAGCGGUGUUGGCCUUGCUCUUCAUGCACUUCUGCCCUAAGAACACUACAUCCUGAUCAAGUUUCUGAUUAAUAUAAAGUUAGGAGAUCAGAGUAGACAGAGUUGUAAUGUUCUUGUCUUUCCUGAUUGUAUUGUAUAAGGAUGAAAAAAAUAAAAGAAAUUAUAACUUAUUUUA